UCCAACGAGAUUAUGGCAGAGCCGAGCCAAACACAAGCGCAGCUGGAUGUACAAAAUGGUAGUUUAGAGGAAGAUUUGGAAACGAAUUCCUCUGAGAGCGAACCUCUAGACAUGAUGGAGGGCCUAAGCCAGAAGAAAUACACUUCCAGUCUGAGAUUUAAAGCAAAUGGAGAUUACUCUGGCUCCUAUUUAACUCUCUCACAACCUGUGCCUGGCAAGAGAAGCCCUUCUCCAUUGGGAACCAGUGUCAGAAAUAGCUCAUCCUUGGCCAAAACCCAGGGAGGCAAGCAGUUCUCUGGUGAUGGCACUGACAAGAACGUUUCCAUGAAGCCUCCCACUCCGUUAAGCAGUGCCUCACCUGCCCUCAGUGGUGCCUAUCCCCUUGGGAGAGCGGACUUUGACCAUUAUGCUGGCCGGGACAGUGAAAGGGCCUUGAGGCUCUCUGAGAAGCCCCCCUAUUCCAAAUAUAGUUCAAGGAAUAAAUCCCACGACAAUGUCUACUUUCUGGGAGGAUUGGAAAACCAAAAGGCAUCUGGCUCCCUCCUGACCAUGUGGAAUGGAAUGUCACCGAGUGAAGCCAGCCCGUCCCCCAUCAGCAGCAGAUCAGGGGCGGCGAGCAUGCCUUCCAGCCCCAAGCAAACUAGGAGAAUGAACAUUCAGGACAACCUGGCACUUCAGCCCAGGUUAAGCAGGCACAAGGAGUCUGACAACGUUGGUUUUCGAACAAGGAAAUACUCAGGCAGCAGCCUCAGUCACAUGGGAGCCUAUAGCCGAUCGCUUCCCAGGUUGUACAAAGCUACAGAAAAUCAAUUGAUGCCUCUCAGCCUGCCUUCAAGGACCUCUUUGGGCAAUUCUAAACACAUGAAGCAGGGGGAAAAGGAUCUACCUCAUAGCAUAAUAGACAGUGAUAAUUACCUUAAUUUUUCUUCUUUAAGCUCAGGGGCUUUACCCUACAAGACCUCUAUAUCUGAGGGCAGUCCUUAUAUGAGCUCUGCCCUCAGCGUGCCGGCCAGCCCCCGCAUGGCUCGCAAGAUGCUGCUGGCCUCCACCUCGUCCUGUGCCUCUGAUGACUUGGAUCGGGUGACAUACUCAGGGACAAGCCCGAAUCACUCGUUUUCUUCCAGAGAGCCGGACAGAGCAUAUGCGGUCAGGAGGAACUACUCGUGCGGAUCCGAGUUUGACGAUUCUGAUUUGGAGAGCCUCCGGCAGGCCUCAGGAACCCCUCAGCCUGUUCUUCGGGAGCGAAAAAGCAGCAUCAGCUCCAUUUCAGGGAGAGACGACUUGAUGGAUUAUCACCGGCGACAGAGGGAGGAAAGACUCAGGGAGCAGGAGAUGGAGCGAUUGGAGCGGCAGCGCCUGGAGACCAUCCUCAGUCUUUGUGCUGAAUAUACCAAACCUGACAGCCGCUUGUCCACUGGUACCACCGUGGCAGAUGUGCAGAAAAUCAACAAGGAGCUUGAGAAACUGCAGAUCUCUGAUGAGGAGUCUGUGUUUGAGGAAGCCCUGAUGCCCCCUGAUAUGCGAUAUAGAUGCCACCAGAAAGGCUCUCUCCUUGAUGCGGACUUGACCGGCUUCGGGAGCCUCAGCCAGAGCUCAGCCAACUUCCUCACCCCACGGAACAUCAGAAACGAUGAACUGUUCUCUGACCUCGCCAAGACUCCCCCUCUGCCUUCUUCUGCCUUUCUGAAAGCAUCCGGAGAGUCUGCUUAUUUAAGUAUCGUACCAAAGACCCCAGAGGGUGUAAGUGAAGAACAGAGGACCCAGGAGCUGGCCGCGAUGGAAGAGACCCGGAUUGUCAUUCUAAACAACCUGGAGGAACUUGAACAGAAAAUCAAAGAUAUAAAUGACCAGAUGGAUGAAUCUUCCAGGGAGUUGGAUAUGGAAUGUGCGCUUUUGGAUGGAGAACAGAAAUCUGAAACAACUGAACUCAUGAAGGAGAAGGAGAUUUUGGAUCAUCUAAACCAGAAAAUAGCAGAACUGGAGAAAAACAUUGUUGGCGAAAAGACCAAGGAGAAGGUAAAGCUUGAUGCUGAAAGGGAAAAACUAGAGAGGCUUCAGGAGCUUUACUCCGAGCAGAAGACCCAGCUGGACAAUUGUCCUGAGUCCAUGAGGGAACAGUUGCAGCAACAACUGAAGAGGGAUGCUGACCUGUUGGACGUUGAGAGCAAACACUUUGAAGACCUAGAAUUCCAGCAGCUUGAGCAUGAGAGCCGUCUGGAUGAGGAAAAAGAGAACCUGACCCAACAACUCCUGCGUGACGUGGCGGAGUAUCAACGGAAUAUUGUUACCAGAAAGGAAAAAAUUUCUGCAUUGAAAAAGCAGGCCAGUCACAUUGUCCAGCAGGCUCAACGGGAACAAGAUCACUUUGUGAAAGAAAAGAAUAAUUUAAUAAUGAUGCUGCAAAGGGAAAAGGAGAAUCUUUGUAAUCUGGAAAAGAAAUAUUCCAGCCUCUCAGGUGGGAAAGGGUUUCCUGUCAACUCCAAUACACUAAAAGAGGGCUAUAUCAGUGUAAAUGAAAUUAAUGAGCCAUGUGGCAAUUCCACGAAUCUAUCCCCUUCCACUCAGUUCCCUGCUGAUGCUGAUGCUGUUGUCACUGAGCCUGCCACAGCUGUGCUGGGGAGCCAGCCACUGAAUAAAGAGCACUUUAGAAGUCUGGAAGAAAGGAAAAAACAGCACAGAGAAGGCCUCUACCUGAGUGACACUUUGCCUCGAAAGAAAACCACGCCUUCCGUAUCACCACAUUUCAGCAGUUCUACUAUGGGGAGAAGCACCGCCCCAAAGGCUCACCUGCCCCUUGGACAAAGCAACAGCUGUGGCAGUGUGCUGCCUCACUCGCUGGCCACCAUGACCAAAGACUCUGAGUCCCGGAGGAUGCUCAGAGGUUAUAAUCACCAACAGAUGAAUGAAGGACAAAGACAAAAAUCUUCUGAAUUCUACAACCGCACUGCAUCAGAAUCCAAUGUCUACUUGAAUAGUUUCCGUUAUCCAGAUCACAGCUACAAGGACCAGGCCUUUGAUACGUUGAGCCUGGACAGCUCUGACAGCAUGGAGACCAGCAUCUCUGCCUGCUCCCCUGACAAUAUCUCUAGUGCCAGUACUUCAAAUAUUGCCAGGAUAGAAGAAAUGGAGAGACUUUUGAAACAGGCUCAUGCAGAAAAGACAAGGCUGCUGGAAUCCCGGGAACGGGAAAUGGAAGCCAAAAAACGAGCUCUGGAAGAAGAAAAACGACGCCGAGAACUCCUGGAGAAACGGCUGCAGGAAGAAACGAGCCAGAGGCAGAAGUUAAUUGAAAAGGAAGUAAAAAUAAGGGAGAAGCAAAGGGCCCAGGCUCGUCCUCUGACACGUUAUCUGCCUGUCCGGAAGGAAGACUUUGAUUUGCGAAGUCAUGUGGAGACUGCUGGCCACAAUAUUGAUACCUGUUACCACAUUUCAAUCACUGAGAAAACCUGUCGAGGAUACCUAAUCAAGAUGGGAGGGAAAAUUAAAACUUGGAAAAAACGCUGGUUUGUUUUUGAUCGGAACAAGCGAACAUUCUCUUAUUACGCAGACAAGCAUGAAGCUAAAUUAAAAGGAGUAAUAUAUUUUCAAGCCAUUGAAGAAGUGUAUUAUGAUCACCUGAAGAAUGCAAAUAAGAGUCCAAAUCCAUUACUCACAUUUAGUGUUAAGACGCAUGACAGGAUCUAUUAUAUGGUGGCCCCCUCGCCAGAAGCCAUGCGGAUCUGGAUGGAUGUUAUCGUUACUGGAGCAGAAGGUUACACCCACUUCUUGUUGUAA